AUGGAGAUUCCGCGCGGUCAGAGAUGCUUUGUCGAUCGGGUCGAGUGCUCUCGGGAACGGGCCAAUCCAUUGGGGAAAGAGGGAGUCGCACGACGAAGCGGGCAUAUGAUGUUUGAUUCUUUACGAGGAAGCACUCUCCGAGGGCAUAUGAUGUAUAAUUCCUCGGAUAAGAUUUCGGCAGUCAUGUCGGAAAACGACCUUCCGGUCCGGAUACGGAAAAACUCCAUCCAGUUCCCGAUGGAGACGGAGUUUUGCGAAUUCUUCCCGGAACUAGAAGAUCAUUUCGAGAUUUUCGAGCAUAUCCGAGGGUUCAAUGUGACUAUUGCAACUUCGGCCAACACGCAAGAAUAA